CGAAACAUGAAAUAAAUAUCUGCCAAAGUAUUCGAUAAUGCUGGAACAGUAAACCAUACCCGAUUCAACGAUGAAGAGCUUCGGCUGCUUGGUUCUGCUGUCGUUUGCAAUCUGUUGCAGUGCUCAUGUGGCUGGUGAUAGAGGACGGGAUCGCCAUCGGGAUAGAGUUCACCCAGAUCAACGGCGUGGUCCCAAACGAAAUGGCGUAACCUUCGCGACAAAGCCUUCGACUCAAGUCGGGGAACGACUGAAGCACUACAAGAGGGGUGUAAACAAAACCCGCCCAUUCGAAGCCGGAUUUGGAACAUACUUUGAGUUCGAUCUGAUGGUCGAGGACCUGGUCGAGGCUAACGCAAUUCUAAUGGGAAGCUAUACCUAUAUCCGGUGGCCCGAUGCAGUUGUUCCAUACGAGAUCAUUGGCACAUUCACUAGCAGUGAGUUGACAAACAUCCAAUGGACUAUCAAUCAUUAUGCGGAGAACACUUGUGUCAGGUUUGUCCCACGUACUACGGAGGAGUACUACAUUCGGAUCAAUAACAGUGCAACGGGAUGCUGGUCAUAUGUAGGACGACAUUUGAAUAAUGACUACAAUUUGGUGAAUCUUCAAAAUCCAUCCUGCAUGGAAACUGGUACAGUAACUCAUGAGUUUAUGCACGCUCUUGGAUUCUAUCAUGAGUUCACCCGCCCGGAUCGUGAUGAUUGGGUCAGCAUUGAUUCAGGAGCACUUGCGACCCAGUAUCAGACAGAAAGUUUUAUGAACGCAAAUUUUGGUAAAAAAUCGGCUGAUCAAGUUGAGCUAUACGGUAUCGAGUAUUCGUACGGUAGCGUAAUGCAUUAUUCGAAAUGGGGAGGAGCUGUUAGUUAUAGCCGUCCGGUGAUGAAUAACCUCAAACCUUGGCCUUACAAUGAUUUUGGCAACGACACCGGAUUAUCGCUCUCAGAUAUCAAGGCAGUGAACUAUAUGUACUGCAAUUCUACAACAAUUACAACUACUCAGGCUCCGGCAACAACAACGACAACAGCUCCAACAACGACUACCAACGCUCCGACAACAACCACUGCUGCUCCAACAACAACAACAAAGGCCCCUACGACCACGACAACAGCUCCAACGACGACUACAACAUCCACUGCUGCUCCAACAACAACUACAAAGGCCCCUACAACAACUACAACGGCUGCAACAACAACAACCACUGUAGCUGCCACAACGACAACAAAAGCUCCUACUACCACUACAACAACGAAGGCCCCGACAACAACUACUACAACAUCAACAACAACAACUACCCAGGCUCCAACAACCACAACCAAUGCUCCUUCAAUUACAACUACGGCAGCUCCUCCCAAAAAUUGCAAAUGUUGGAUCGCGGCUCUGCAGAUAUGCGCUUGGUAUUGAUUAGUUUCUAAAUAAUGGAAACAACCAAAAUUUUUCAUG